AUGUUUCCAAGACUGUCUAGAACAGUGACUUUGGGGGUGAGAAAUUAUGCGACAAAAUCAGGGGGUGAUUUCCAGUAUGGCGAUCUUCUUAGUAGGUUGAGCAAAAUAAGCCAAUCAAAGCAAAAUGCAGAUUUCCAGAGAACUAAAAACAAGCCUGAAUCUAAGGGAAAAGAAUUUGAUAGGCAGGAGGUCACAGCAAAGCAGCGUGAGAGAAGUAAUUUCAAUAAUAAGAGAGAUGCCAAGAAGAAUACACUAGAGAGAAAAAUGAGUAGAUUUCGCCGGAGACCUGAGGAUGAGGCCUCUAGAAAGGGCACAAGAAGACGUGGGAAGCUCAAUUUAGGGGAAAGGAAGAUGGAUAUGGAGCCGGGGUUUGAAGCAGGAUCAUCAUCUGCUGGACCAAACGAGGAGAAAGUGUUUAGAGAGUUGAUUGACAAGAGGACAAAGGCCUUGGCCAGCUUUAUUGAAGAGAUAUUUGGCGAUUCGAAAAAAAAGGUCAAGAAGCCUAUUGAUGAGGGCCUAUUGAAGGACUUGUUUUUGAGGGUCGAUUCGGAAAUGGGCAAAAAUGAGAAUGAAUCAAACAUGGAGGAGGUGAGUUUAGAAGAAAAGAACGCAAAGGAGAUGGAGGAGCGUUCUCAGUACAUUGAGAGAAAAAGAAUUCCGGAGGAUAUUCUACCACCAACUUUGGACGAAAUUAGAAACAAUUUCCAGAACUCGGCAGUGAUCAAGACGUUAUUUAGCAUAAAGGACUACGACGGCAAUUUCAUGCACGAUGUUACGCAUCCUGCACCAACUAAGAUACCAUUCAACACCGAGAACAGGAUUCUUAUUGCAGUGGAGAAAGUUCUUGCCAGAAGGGGCAUUAGUAUUGAAGAUGGGAAGUUGGCGGAUCGUUUCUUCGAAUGUAAAUCCACAAUUCACUCAUUUGAGAACCCACUCAAGGCUAAGAACGAGAUCACCAUCAACCCAAAUAUAAGGAAGUUGGCGGACAUUCCAGAAAAGGAACUCGAGAAAGCAAUUGCCGAAACUGUUGAUGGAGCCAGAAACGAGAUUCGGCCAAUCAUAAAUGAAAACCAGACUGAACGUGCGAGGUUGAAUGCACAGGUCGUGGCGAAUGCAUUAAAUAGUAACGCUCAGCUGAAAGUGGAUGAUAUCCAUAUUAAGCUAUCAGAGGUGCUUACGGGACAGAAAGGCCUUAAAGAGCUCCCCAAACUAGAAAACUGA